GAGCUCUCCCAUGCACGGGCACGUGGUACCAGCUCAGGAGGCCGCUCUCAGUGCCGAGUUGCGUUGACGGCGACUGGACCAGCGCUCCGCACAUGAGCUGCCUCAGCUCCUACAAGCAGCACAUGUUGCCGCUUACCACGGAGAUCUACAAUUUCAUGUGGAGUACUUUCGGGGUGCAGUGGAGCGACUGCCCCAUCUGCAAGGUCUGCGGGCGCGGCAUGCAGUGA